AUGGACUGCCCCGGAGGGGCCCUGUCGGAGGCUUCGAGGGUGUCCUUGCUGCAUCAUGAGCGGCAGAGGGAACGUCUAGCCGCGCGGAAGCCUCUGAGGCCAGACGAGCACUUGGUAACUAGCAUUCUUAGCGGCUCAAAGAGCUACUGGGAGGCCCUUGACGACUUGCGCCGGCUGACGGCCGAGCUCAGCAGGGAGAAUGAACGCCUUCGAGACAAGCUGGAGAGGCAUCGCUCGGAAAGCGAGCGAAAGAGUGGGCUCCUAGCAGAAAAACAAAGGGAGAUCGAAAGAUUGCAUGAAGAGGCUACCCGCAGCAGUGCCGCAGCGAAAUGUCUCACAGAGAGGACAGAACGCUUGCAGCGGCAGCUUGCCGUUGCCUCCACAAAGAAGAACAUACUGCUUUCCAAAGUCAAGCAGGAGAUGAAGGAGAUAACAGCCUCUGCUGCCGAAGCGCGAGCCGUCCUCAAGGAGGAGCUGCAGCGGGCCGAGGAGCGCGUCAUUGCAGCCGAGAAGGGAGCAGCUGCUCAGUUGGCAGCGAAGGAGAGGCAGAUACGCUCACUCCAGCAAGCGGCGGCUGCAGACGAAAGUCAAGUCACUUACAGCGUCAAACGGCAGGAAGAGCUGGAGAGACAAGCCGCAAAGUUGCGUUCCCAGCUGCAGCAGCAUCAAGAAAAGGCAGCAGCAGAGGCUGCGGCGAAAGAAGCGAAGAUCGAGGAACUGCAGAGGCACCUCGCGACUGCACAGAAGAUUCGCGAUAAAGUCUCCGUCGAGCUAAAUACUCUACGCGCGAGCACUACAGCGCUGCAGCAACAAGCCAGCAAGGCGGAAGAUCGGGCAAAGGCCCUCGAAUCCACGGCUCACACUACACAAAGCAGUCUAAGGGACCUCGAGCGCCAGGUAGCAGCAGCAACAGCUAGAGAGUCCGAUGCAGUGGCAGAGAGAGACAGGCUUCAUAAGGAGGUCAGGAGUCUGCGGGAAGCAGCGGCGACAGCGGCGGAACAGAGCCGGCGAAACAAGGAGGCACUGGAGGCUUCAUUUCACGAGGACCAUGCGAAGAUGGAGAGGGAUCUUUCUAAGGCCAUGGCAGACUUGCGGGCAGAAAAAAGCAAGCACUCAUCCCUGCAGUUGCAGCAUGAGCAGCAAGAGCAACAGCUGCAACAACUCAGGGGAGCAGACACCAAGCUGCAGCAGCUGACCCUUGUAUUCUCUCGCGUCCGCUCAGCGUUUGCAGCGCUCUCGGGUCGGCCUGCAACGGACGACGGAGAGGUAGCCGCUGGCAUCUCCCAGGCGCUCAGAGACUUUGCUGAAGCAAGGCAGGAUCUGCAGGCGGCAGGCGCCCAGCUAACAGCAGAUAUACGGAAGUUAGGAGAUCAGCACACGACGAUGCUAAUGGAAAAAGAGAGGUUGGAAAAGAUGCACAAAUCAGCAAAGUUGCGGGAGAAGGUAGAGGAAUUGCGCGAGCAGCAGCAACAACAACAGAAGGAGAUUGAAACAAAGAGCGCAAUGAUCGAGAGCGCCAAACAAAAGUAUGCAGAUCUAGCCACCAAGCACAACGAAUUGGUGAAGAAGUUUAAUGCUGCUGUAGCACAGGAGAAGGAGCAGCGCAACAAGGGAGACGAAGCAGCACAAGCCGCAGCAGCGGCUGCGGCUCUGGCGGAGGAGAAGCAAAAUGAAACAUCGUCGAUCAAGCAGCAACUGCGAGAAGCACAGCAGCAAAUCGACAAGCUCAAGAAAGAGUUAGAGGCAUCAAGGGCUGCCACUAAGGCUGCCGAACAAAAGGCUGCUGCAGCAGCAGCUGCUGCUCAAGGCGCAGCACGAGCCAAAGAGCCGCAGCAACAAGCCACAGGAAGAGCGAUGGCUGCUAUACCCACAGCAACCGGGGGUGCAGCGCCUCCACCCGAAAGUCAGUUGGCCACUACGCGUGGUGCAGCACUUGCUGUUGCUGCUGUUGCCACUGUUCGCUGA